AUGCUUGGAAAUUAUGAAGAAUAUUUUCAAAUGAGGGUUGAUGCAACUUGUAAAAUUGGUCUUUCACCAUUGCAGAAGUGCACUUUUGCUAUUUGUAUGUUAGCAUAUAGAUCUUCUGCUGACAUUGUAGACGAAUAUGUUCGAAUUGGUGAAAGUACGUCAAUUGAGUGCUUAGAGAGAUUCGUAAGGGGCGUGAAUGAGGUAUUUGGGGCCGAGUAUUUGCGAAGGCCUAAUAACAAUGAUGUUGAACAUCUUUUACAAAUGGGGGAGUCGCGUGGAUUUCCAGGCAUGCUAGGUUCCAUUGAUUGUUCGAACAAUGACAUUGAUGUGUUAAACCAAUCCAAUGUGUUUAAUGAUAUUUUGGAAGGACGUGCUGCUAGUGUGCAAUAUACAAUCAAUGGAUCUCCAUAUAAUAUGGGAUAUUAUUUAGCGGAUGGUAUAUAUCCUGAGUGGGCUACAUUUGUCAAAACCAUUUCGAUGCCGCAAGGAGUAAAGAGAAAACUAUUUGCACAACACCAAGAAUCAGCUGGAAAGGAUGUGGAACGGGCAUUUGGAGUGCUUCAAUCUAGUUUUGCAAUAAUACGUGGUCCAACGCGUGCUUGGUACAUGAAACCCUCAAGCAUACCAUAUAUGCUUGCAUCAUAUUGCACAACAUGA